AAUUUAGUGGCUUCUUUGAUGGAUGUUGACCAGGAUCAGCGUUUGACUGCACAAGAAGCUAUUGCCCAUGAAUGGAUUUCUGGAAACGCUGCCUCAGAUAAGAAUAUCAAAGACGGAGUUUGUGCACAAAUUGAAAAGAACUUUGCCAAAGCCAAAUGGAAGAAAGCCGUGAGAGUGACUACGCUGAUGAAAAGGCUUCGAGCAUCUGAUCAGGGUGAUGCUGCCGGUGGGUCGGCAGGGGCAGCAGCUGACCCCAACACGCCCAGCGGUGCUCCUGCUCCGCCUGCUGGUGGAGGCCUCAGCAUGGCUGCAAGCUUAAAGGCCGCUCUGAAGGAAAAGUCUUCUGACACACAGACUGCAGCUGUCUCUGCACCCUCCGUGCAAGCUGCAGCCCAGCAGGUUGAGCAGCAGCAGCAGGCGAGGUGCAACGGCGACGCUCCACAAAUGUUGCCACAAGGAAAAGAAUAGGCAACAAUCAAAUACACCAACAGGACCCAUUACAACCAAUGAGCACAUGUACAGC